GUUUUGUUUUCAUCGCGAGGUAUUACAGUCAUGUGUAUGUUGGGGGUUUUCCCGGAAGCUCGGAAGUCGCGAGCAGUGUUUCUCCGAAAAAWUUUUUUGACGUCGGCUCAUUGUAAUACCUGCAACGUGAGUCAGAAGAUGAAAAUAGCACUACGAAAAGUCCCCUACAACCUGUCACUCUAUAUAUUGAAUCGGUGGCAAGCGCUAUGCCAUUCAAACCCACAUCAAUUCAACGACAAGAGUAUAUCUCAAGCAAAAUCAGUGCAAAAUCAAGCAAAAUGAUUGGAACAAGAAAAAUUCGUCUCACUCCACAAGAGAGACUCGAAUAUAAACAGCGGAUUAGCAAAGCACGUUUAUUAUCAGGUAGCUGUGAAGAAAUCCUGAAAAAUGAACUUAAAAAGCGAUUAGAUAUCGAAGAACUUUCUCCGCUUCAGUUUAAACUUACAGUGCCUCCCCCAUCUCCUGGACAGCGCACAGAUGCAGAUAUUCUAGAAGAUGAUUCUUGGAUUUUCUCAAGGUUUAAAGUAGCAAGCAAUUGUAUUUACAAAAGUGCCUAUGAAAUGGGCUCAUGGGAACUGAAAGAUGAAAGCUAUGUUUUAAMUAAUGAAAUAAAGAAACAGAUUGUUCCAGCUAUAUCCAGCACUUUGAAAGAGAAUGAUAUCAAACCACCUGAAGAACCUACAUUUCCCAAUUUGGAAGAAAGACUCAAUGAUGACACUAAAGAUUUUUUGGAUCUUCUUUGCUCUGAUGGUCAUUGUAAAKAUCUCGCUGUCGAUAAUGCAGAUAAAACAUUAAUGUACCUAGUGCGAAACUUUGUCAUCAUAAGAGAAUUCCAAGUCAUGCUCGACAACUUUGCACAUGACUUAGGCAGGAUGAGUGAAUAAGCUGCCAACUGAGAAUCUUAUUCAGUUUUAAAAAAUUGAAUAAUUUCGACUGUAUUUAAUGCUUUAAUGUAUUAAGUACUAUUAUGUUAAUAGAAUAAUAAUAUAAUAAUAUCUGAAAAGAUUAUUAAAAAAAGUAUUUUGUUAAAUACAAUACAGAGUUAUCUAAAAUAUAUUAUUAAACAUAGGGGAAAAAAAUUAUUUAAAGAAACAUUUUUCAAUCGAGAAAGAGGUGUACAGAGAAAAGAAGUAUUUUGACAAUAUUGUAAAUUAUUUUUGAACGUAUGUAAUAAAAUAGCUUACGAUAAAAAAAUGAAAAUGUAUAUGUAAAUCAGAAGUGUUUCAGAUAUUCUUUCUGUUAUCUUGAUGGUAAGCAAAGAGCAUAAUAAAGAAAUACAAUACUUAUG